AUGUCAAAACUUUGGAAUGAAUCAGUUAAAUAUUCAAAUUCCCAAGAUUUUUAUAAAAAUAAACCAGGGCCAUCAAUUAAUCAAUUCCCAACUGAUAAAACAGAUAUUAAGGGUCUACCCGCGGAAGCUAUAGAUUUUCUAUAUAGAUAUAUGAAACCAAAUUCAAUGACUUCAGUGUUGAAAAAUGAGUAUCUCAUGGUUAAAUUCAUACCUAGUGGAAACUAUCUAAAUCGUUUUAAAAGAUCAGCAAUUGCAAUAUUCUUUAAUAUGGCUAAUAUUCAUGAACUAAAUGAUGGUAAAUUACUGGAAGCAAAGUCGAAAUAUAGAGGAGAAUAUAAAUAUUUAGAUUGGUUUGAUACAAAAUUGAAACCAUCGCAAUCUGCACCUGGCAGAAAUAAAAUACGAAGAUUAUACAAGACAUUAUUCAUUAAUGCAUUGAAUGAAAUUAAUCAAGAAAAGGGGAAAUCAAUUGGGAUUUAUCAAUUUAUAGUUUAUAAAUAUCCUGUUAAUUCAAAAGAGUGUAAUAUUGUACAAUCUGAUUUUGUCAAAAUGAUGAAAUAUAUAUUCAAGACAACUAUACAUCUGAAAAAUGUUCCAACGGGUCCUUGUGUUGAAUUGUCUAAGGAAUUAAGUAAACUGUUUAAUAAAAAACAUAGAUUGACUAAUAGGACUUUGGCUAGUCAUUAUCCAUUUUUCAACGUAUCAUUUGGUAAUGGAAUUUUCAAUGGAAAUGGUAAUAAUCAAAUAAACCAGUCUUGA